ACACCAACAACACCAACAACCAGCAUGGCGGAACCACAGCCCCCGUCGCGCUCGAACACGCCUACACUUGCGCCUCCGAUGCGGCGACCACUCGAAGAAGACCAUAUUCCCGCCGUUUCGUCUCCGCUCAAUCCCAACCCGAGCGGCGAUGCGGCGGCGCGUUCACGACCGCGGGUGCCGCCACGCGAGCGCGAGCCGAGGGAGAAGCGCGAGACGCUCAAGAAGCGCGAGGCAUCUGGAAACGCCCGUGCCAGUACACCCAAUCCAAAAGCAAAGAAGGAGAAGCGCCCGUCCGCCGACUCGCCUAUGCGAUAUUCGAUCCCCGAGCCCAAAGCGGCAGACUACAACGCGCCCAAGGAUGGCGUUUUCCUGUCGCGCGAGCCCAACCCGCUCUACGCGCCUGGUGGCGUUGCGGAGCUCAAGAAGCCGCAGGACUAUGCUUGGAACAAGAAGGGCUACAGGUACACGCACUGUGUCGCAGAUCCGCUCUUCAGGCACAAGCAGUACUACCGUCAGAGCGACUCCCGCCCCUAUGGCCCUAGAAUGAGCCACGAAGACUCGGACAAGUGGUUCUACUUCGAUGACAGCGCCACCAUUGUCUCUCAAGAAAAGGGCUGGCGCAUGGGGAGAGGCAACGUCGUGGCAAGGGAGGGCCGCGUCUACUACGAAGUCAAGGUUUUGCGCGGCAUACCAGCAGACGGCCCAAAGGACCCCGUCGACGCCAGGACGGGCGACACGAAGCCUGGACCACACGUCCGCGUGGGCUGGGCCAGGCGUGAAGCGCCGCUCGACGGACCUGUGGGCUUCGAUGGCUACAGCUACGGCAUCACAGACGCACGCUUUGAAGCCCAACACCGAUCACGCGCCUCCAAGAUCUUCAAGCCGCUGCCCAAAGGCGCAAAGAGCAAGCACAUGAAAGCCAGGCCACCGCAUGGCAAGCCUGUCCCUGUCGAGUACGUGACAGACCAGCACAUCUCCGAGGGAGAUGUCAUAGGCCUGGAGAUACAGCUGCCCUCGCUCUCCAUGCACAGCAAAGUGGUCGAGGGUAUCUACAACCCCGCCGUCGACCUCGGCGACGGUUUCGCCACAGCCAGCAACGCCGACCCUUUCGAUCGCCCACUCGACAUCAUUCGCGACCGCAUACCCGUGCCUUACAAGGGCAACUUCUAUUUUGAGCAGCUCGAUUACCAAGUCACGAAAAUGGUCGAAGCGUACCACGACCGCGGCCCUGUACCCAAGAUCCAUCCCUCGCCGAAUCACGAGGACGUCAGCCUUCGCUCGUUACCGCACUCGCAUAUCAAGGUCUACAAGAACGGGCAGGAGGUCGGUAUCGCGUUCGAGAACCUCCUGGCUUUCUUACCUCCGGCGAGUGUACCCUCCGUCGAAGCUGUCAAGGCAGGUGCGCGAACGGGGUUCGACGACGGCAUGGUCGGCUACCUACCUGCGAUAUCUGUCUUCAAUGGUGGCAUCGCACAAGUCAACAUGGGUCCAGACUUCUGGUACCCACCUGAGGAGAUCAGGAAGUACCAGCAGCACGAUACGCAGAUGGGCGGCACCGACUCGUCGGAGAAACCUGUACCUGAGGGCCGGAAACUACGUGCCAUCGGUGAGCGUUACAAGGAGCAGAUCGCCGAGGACGUCGUCUGGGAUAUCAUCGAUGAGGUCGACUUCUUCUCGCAGGAUGGCGGAUGGGAGUACAAGGGCGAAGCGCCGCAAGAUGUCAAGGGAAGCGCCACGCCCAGGGCGCGUGGUUUCGCGAAUCCAGACGAGAACCUGGGAGUUGAGGUUGGCAGGAGAUACUGAGGUAGUCAUGUAUCUUCAUGCUGCUGUAGGAGGUGGUGUAGGAGUGCAAAAGCGAAUACCCAUCGUUCUGACCUUGGAUCAUACAGUUUAGAGUCGAGUAACGGAAGAUGGCUGUAGGCGGCUCGAGCCGCAUGUAGCAGGGCCAACAGCAAAGUACCUGACUAUGCGACCCCAUCAUCGGUCCACCAUGCACUCGCACAUUCUACGUCCGCGGGCACACGCCUAUUUAUAUAUAGCUGGGGUGCCGCUAGUC